CUAAUAACACUUCCUUAAUCUUGUGUAACAACGAUUCCAUGGCCAUAGUAGAAGUCGAGGAUAUUUGAUAAGCAGGAACGAAAAAGGAAAGUUUUGAUAUGGUUUUUGGGCGGAUAGAGUUUUGAUCAUCGAAUUAUAUUAGUUUUCCUUCUACUCGUAUGGUCUCAUCUCUGUUUCAGUAAACCUCAUCAGAAAAAGAAGCCUGAAGCUAACAUUAGAACAGUCCUACCCAUUCAGCGAACGUAGAGGCAAUAUGAAUGUUAAAAGAGCAACCUUUGCAACUUGAAACCCUUUUAAAAACGAUUUUUACUUUGUGAGUGAGUGAGUGAGUCAUGAUUUUGAUUUUUCGUGAAACCGACAAAGCACUAAAAAGGGCAAUUUUCUGUAAAAGAAGACGGCUUUAAUCGGUGUAUGCUAAAUAUCGGAGAGGACACGAACGUUGACGGAGAUAGAUUCCUCUCAGCUUUUUCUAUCAUCACCACACAGCUCUCAAAUCCGCGGCAAACCUAUAAGGGGUCAUCUUCUUCAUUUUUCUCUCUUGCGUUUUCCCGGCAGAUCAUCAUCAAUGUCGCGCCUUUUCGUUUCUCGCGUUAUCUGGUCUAAUAUUGAUGAGAGAUGGUUUGGAAACUUUUUAAUCGAGAUUAUAGCUUGUAGAGAGAGACGAAACCCUAGAAAAAUGAGUCCCACGACGGCCGUCGACGAUCCGAGCCAGAUUAAACGUGCCCUGAUUGAUGCUUCUGCCGGCGCCAUCUCUGGUGCUGUUUCCCGCACCGUUACUUCUCCGCUUGAUGUCAUUAAGAUUAGAUUUCAGGUUCAACUAGAACCGACAACUUCAUGGUCCGUUGUCCGGGGAAACUUGACCGGAGCAUCCAAGUAUACUGGAAUGGUUCAGGCAACUAAAGACAUAUUUAGAGAAGAGGGUUUUCGGGGUUUUUGGCGUGGUAAUGUGCCAGCUUUGCUCAUGGUCAUGCCAUACACUUCAAUUCAGUUUACCGUUCUACAUAAGUUGAAGUCUUUUGCAUCUGGUUCUACUAAAACAGAGGAUCAUAUACAUUUGAGCCCAUAUCUAUCCUUCGUCAGUGGAGCGUUAGCAGGAUGUGCUGCUACACUAGGAUCUUAUCCUUUUGACCUUCUUAGGACAAUAUUGGCCUCACAAGGGGAGCCUAAGGUGUAUCCAACAAUGAGGUCUGCGUUUGUCGAUAUAAUGCGAUCUCGAGGCGUAAAAGGAUUGUAUAAUGGAUUAACACCAACACUCGUUGAGAUUGUGCCUUACGCUGGCCUGCAAUUUGGCACAUAUGAUAUGUUUAAGCGCUGGAUGAUGGACUGGAACCGACACGUUUUGUCGUCCAAAAACCCGAUCAAUGUGGACACCAACCUUUCUAGCUUCCAGCUUUUUGUUUGUGGGCUUGCGGCUGGCACUAGCGCUAAACUUGUCUGCCAUCCUCUUGAUGUCGUCAAAAAACGAUUCCAGGUUGAAGGUUUACAGAGACACCCAAGAUAUGGAGCCCGAGUGGAGCGACGUGCAUACAGAAACAUGUUAGACGGUCUUAGACAGAUUAUGUUGUCGGAAGGGUGGCACGGUCUGUACAAAGGCAUUGUGCCUUCCACUGUGAAAGCUGCUCCUGCUGGUGCUGUAACCUUUGUGGCCUAUGAGUUUACCUCCGACUGGUUGGAAUCAAUUUCUUGGUAGAAGAUUUUACUCUUUUCACAUCUUUAUAUCUUUCUGUCGCUAGCAUUUAUUAUAGGCUCACUCUUCUUCCGGCCCUAUUCACGGGUGUGUUAAGCACAUAUCAUAUCAUCAUUGAUUAUUUUGGGAAUAUUAUACGAGUAAACAUCAAGUGUUGUCUCAAGUUGUUGAGUUUCUAACAAGUGAUGUAUAGUGCGAUUAUAAAGUUGUGUAGUGAAUCCAAUUUAUCAUGUUCCAGCAAAUAUUUCGCAACAUAUGGAAAUAUACUCUGGACUGUAAUGCCAAAAAUCUAUGUAAAAAAUGUUGUAAAGCUGCAAAAAAAUUUCUAUCGAGUUCGAUGCAAUUCAGGAACAAAGAGAUUAUGUGCCCUUGUUCUCUGCUAGUGCUCGCUUUUAAGAUUCACUCUUAAAACCAACAAACAGAACCAAAACCAAAAUGUUGGGCAAAAUCAGCCAACUGUAACUACAAUUUGUCCUAACCAUGUCUCUCUGUCUAUACUUCGGACGUAGCUUUGCAGGUCUUCUUGUUAUGUCCUAAUCCCUUGCAGUUGCUACACUGAAGCUGACGCUUGAUCAUGUCUAUCGGUUCCACCUGCUUACUCUUUGGCCUCCCCGGUGUCCUUCUCGUGGGCGGAGGCGUUACUGAAACAACCACCCCCUCCGUCGUCGUCGUCAUCAUCAUAUCCUUGGGUACAGGGUGAACGGACUCAGCAUACGUUAACCGGUAACUCUCUAAGGUAAAGUAUCUGGAGCAGUAUUCAUAAGGGCUUUUCUCGCUGCACUGAAUCACUGCAAUCGCGUGGCUGCAGGGUAAACCCGUCAGUCUCCACAGCUUACAGUCACAGUCACACUGAUUGAUAUCAACUACGUUGAUGGAUUCACCAUGAACCUCGAAUAAGCUAUUGUGCGGCCCUGAAACCUGAAGUGGCCUUGCGAGUUCUACUUCUUUCUGUAGCUUCUCCUCGUUAGCUGGUGUUAGCGCUGCAGCAACCCAUUCCCGGGACUGUACCUGACGCGUAUAGAUCGAUUGCAUCAGCUUUGCUCUGAGCUCGUCUAUCAUUUGAGUUAUAGGCAACUCGUGCGCUUCGGAAACCCAGCCGUAGAAAUCUAGCCCGAAAGUGGAGUUCAUGUGGUUAUACCUCUCUCCUUCAAAUAAAGCAUUAGCCCAAUGGUGAGGUUCGCUUUCGAUAACCCAAGUGUAAGCAUCAGGGGAAAUGUUUUUUAUGUUCUCCAAGCAACGGUAAUAUCCAUCGGGCCGUGUCGCAUAAGCAGCAGCAUAGAAAUCGUUGAGCAUAAACCGUCUUGCUUCAUGAGAAAACUGAGCCUUCAAGUCCGUGUUUAGUUUCUCGGCGAGGUGACGCAGACAAUAGGCAUGGUGGUGUUCGUUUCCAAACACCAGAGGCAAUGCAUUCUUCAGACCGUUUUGGAAAUCUGCGACAAACGUGAUUCUCCGGGAAUCGGACAAUGCCGAUUUGAGAUUCUCCAGAAACCAAACCCAGUUCUCUUCCGUCUCAGAGUCCACAACAGCGAAAGCUACUGGAAAUACUCCAUCCUCUGCAUCAGGAGCUGUAGCAACAAGCAUAACCCCUUGGUACUUGGAGUUCAAGACGGCGCUGUCAAGGAAAAGGAGAGGGCGACAACCUUGUCUGAAUCCAGAUAUCGACGCAUAGAAGGAUAUGAAAAGACGGUGGAAGCUCGAAUCUUCUUUUGUCAUGAGAGUGGCGACACUUCCAGGAUUCGUCUCCUUGAUCUUGUCGCAGAGAAAGGGAAGUUGACUAUACGCUUCUUUGUAAGAGCCUUGAAGCUGCUCUCUAGCAAUCUCUUUAGCUCUCCAUGCCUGUGAGUAAUUCAGUGGAAUCCCAUACUCUCUCUUAAUAUCCUCUGCAAUAUCUUUCGGCUUGUAAUCAGGGAAAGCUUUCAACUUCUCCUUUAUGAGACUCCCGACCCAACCUUUCGUUGCACGGUAACCAGCUUUGACAACCGCUCUCUCACACGUGUGCCUCGGAUUCAUCUUCUUGAUGCAUAUGAGCUGCGUGGUCGAAAGCCUCGACGCAGUGAUACGCCAUGGACAUCCCUGAGCUUUGCAUUUGACCGAGACCCGGUGGCUAUCGUUCUUCUUGUACUUGUAAGUGAACACGUGCGCGAUCGAGAACUUGUGCAGCGCAUCCCGGAACUCUGUGAAGCUGUUGAACCUCUGAUCAACACCCGUGAUGGUGUUCUCCCACUGCUGCGCUGGUCUUACAUGCUGUUUCUCGUCACUCAAGACGAAAUUUUCAGGCAAAGGGCUGCUCUCGUCAGGCAUUAUCUCCAUAUCGAUGUGGAAAUCAUCAUCGUCUCCCAUAACAACAUCGCCUGCAGAAACCACAGGCACCACUGCUGCUUCCGAUGCGGUUGUUACACAUACCUACUAGCUGGCAUGUUGGAAACAAUUCUCGUGUCAGGUUCCUUGGGUAAGACGAAGAUCUCGACAUCGGGUGCGUCUGCGGAGAAGCUGAGCAUACGUUUGAAGUCCUUAUCCUUGGAGAUGGUGAUAAGGGUUUUCUUGUUUUUAGGGAGGAAGUACUUAAGGCUCAUAGUUGUCAUAGCCUCCCCACUUAACCCGAACCUCUCGGCGAAUUCGGACGUGAAACCGCUUAGAGAAGUGUCGUGGUCGAUGUCUAUGACAUAAGCCACUCCAUCUUUAUAAGCUAAUGUUCCAUCUUUAUUUGUCACAAAAUGUCCCCCUGACUGACAUAUAGCUAUGACUUUCUUCGUCGCCAUUACUAUAACCUUAAAAAUCUGCACCAAGACAGGGAGAAACAGAGAGACCGACCACGCCACUGGUUUUCGGUUUCAGACAAAAUCGAAAGUCGGAGUUUUUGCUUCGAGAUAUACGAAUCCAGCAACCCAGAAAAACCGAGAAGAAGAGACGGUGGGUUUGAAACAAUAAUUAAAAAAAAAAAAAAAAAAAAAAAAAAAACCUAAGUGGCAAAACGCUGCGUUUUGGCAUAAAAGGAAAACAGAUUCGUGUCAAGUUGUUGUUGGAUAAUAACAGUUAGCAGAAGUUUCGUCUUUUAACAAUAACCACGAAUUCGCA